AUGCAUCGCGGAAGCGUUGUCUCGAGCUCUUCGGACGCGCCUCAUGGCCCUGACUUCGAGGCUUCUUUGCGGAUUCUAUCUCAAAAGCAGAGCUUGAGUCAGGCCAUUGAUGAGGCUGACCUAGUCUCGAGAACUUUGUCAUGGUUCACACCCGAACAGUCUCUGGCGUUGUGGGAGGCGGCGGAGUAUCUGCUUGAUCAUGAGAGCUCCAGUGACGCUCAGAAAGUCGGUGCCAAAUUACUUGAGGCGAUCGCUUCCCGCCAAGACUUGUCGCCCACCGCUAGACGUAUAGUAUUUGAAUCAAUCAUAUCACCGACCGAAAAUGAUGUGAUUGCCGCCCGAGUCCAGGCGCUGAUCGCUCUGUCAGACCAUGGCAGAAAGCUGGAUUUUACCAGCUCCUCUAUCCUUCAUAUCAUUUCCUCAUGGAUUGUCCCUCUUUACUUGACAAUUGCGACAACACGUUCUAAAGCGAAGAAGGGGAAGGCGCUCAAACCAAACGAGCUUGUUCAAGAUGAAGCAAUUUUGGGAGAUCUCUUUCAGUUCGCUGUAGAUCUUGUCACCCUCCAGCGCAAGGCUCCAACGUCAGAGGAAAUCGAGAUGCUUCUCAUGGAGACAUUCACUAUCUGCAAGAAGACAAGCGUUGCCACCGAUAUCAAGAACUCACUGGCCGUUUUUGAUGCCGUUAUUAUGUACGCGAGCGUACCCGACGCAAGCUUUGUCCCUCUCUUGGAAGUUCUAUGCAGCAUCCAUGCCUCCGUCAAAUCCCUUUCUGGGCCGACGUCGCGGGCCGUCCGCAGCCUGGCAAAGUCAUCAAAGCAAGAGGAAAUGGUGUCAACCCUCCAUAGUUUCUUAAGAGAAUCAUGUGCUGAAGACUCUCCACGGAAUCUGAACGUUCACCGUGGAGCUCUUUACAUCUUCUCUGACCUUGCUCGAGCCUACGGCCAGGACAGAAUGCCUGAAAUUUCCUUCGACCAGUUGAUCGACUCUCUGAUGGUUAUUGCCCAGAAAGAUGACGGCCGAGUGGAUGCAGACAUUCUGGACUUGUGUUUAAAUAUACUGGAAAGUGACUAUAGCCGCAUCUCUCUCGCCCAUGGAUGGACGGCCUUUGUUGAUCUGCUGCUGCUCUGCUCUCGGAGAGUAUAUGAGGACUACGACGAUCCGGUCACUUCUCCAACCAGCCCACAGCCACCGCAUGUCAAAACUACUCAUGAUGAUAUCAAGUCUCAUAUCCUUGCAAAUAUCAUACGGAUAACAUCCGUUGUGGAGUCUCUGUGGGAACAGCUUACUAAAGAACAAAAACAACAAGCGGUUCGAUUCUUGGCAAAGAAUCAUCAAUACAUCGAUCCUUCUCAGUCAGAACUCAUCAUCAAUAUGAUGAGGGAGGACACACUUUGCCAUCCUUCUGAGGGGUCCAAUUGGGUGCAGCAUUGCCAGGAGAUCAUCGAGCGCUUCAUUCAGCCUCGGAAGCAGUCUUCAGACAUUCGCAUCCUAGCCCUAGACACGCUCAAAGAGGCUCUCGCAGGCAAUGAGCAUUUACUUUUCUCGGAAGAGUACGGCUUUCUGGAUCUUCUACUCGCAGACUUUUCGGCCGAGCAUGAUCUGCUAUUUUUGGAGUCGCUUGUUUCGUUCAUCACAGAGCCCGCUAUCAAUUCCAAUGACGACGGUGGCUUCAAGCGUCUAAUCGACACCAUUGCAGCGCCAAUGGGGAGAGAUCCGGCGAAAGAGGAAACGCGUGAGACAUCACCGAGUCAUCCUCCGCGUCGUACAUCCACGAGCAUCUUAGAGCUGACACUGGGGAAUGUCUGCGCGGUGGGUCUGGUCAAGAUGAUGAUUCGUGCUUUGAAUACCUCGGCCGCCAAGUCCAUCAUCAUAUUCGAGGCCUUGCUACAGAUCGCACAGUCCCCUGACCGCCCAGCCGACGCUCGCCUUACCGUCUUGAAGCUACUGUUCCGGCUUCGAUGUGACUCGCUCGGGGCUAUCACUGUGGUCUCAACUUCGGAGCAUGAUUUCUUAAUGAAUGUUCUCGGACGAAAUGUCGAUGUAACCUCUUUGCUGCAUUCGACCAGUGAGAGCUCUAUGAGAGAUCUUCCUCAGCAGGAUAAUUUGAUCCCCCCAAUGGGCGGGAAAAUCCCCGCCAAAGAACUUCCUGCGAAUUUCCUAUCCAAGUCAAGCCCCCGAGGCUCGAUUUCGGCUCGUGGAUCAAAGUUGACACCACCAGUUUGGACAUACGCCCAGCCCCAGGUUCUCCCAGAGCAGCCAUCUGAGGGGUCCAGCCCCUUCGUCUUUGCUCAUGCGCAGAGCAAUGGUGCUUCGACUCCUGCUGAUUCUACACCGGCGCUGAUAGGUGUUCUUAAGGUGAACAUGUGGGUUGAAUGCGUGAUCUCGCUUCUGCAGCGGGAGACCGACUGGGACGUUUACAGCUACGUUCUUACGCACCUUGGACCCCAGCUUAGCAACAAGGAGUUCUUCAGCAACUCGAUUCCUCAGAUCAAACUUCUACGGAGCAUUUUAUGCGAUCAGGUCAAGAAUGAGAGUUUCCACGAGCCACCUGCGCUCACUGGCUUAAAGAAGAGCGAUGUCGCUGCUUGUAUCUUCGAUACACUCUGCAUGCUUGUCAGCUAUCACGAGCACUUCGCUAAAAGUGAAGAAGAUGACCUGGUACGAGCGUUCAUGCUUGGAAUCAUCGGAUCCUGGGGUGCUACCUCCCGUGGGUGCAUUCAGGCGCUUUCGCUUUGCUGCCAUGAAAUUCCCAUGUCGGUGACAAAGUCGUUGAAUAACAUUCUCGACAAAAUGUCAAAGGUUAUCACCAUGUCCAAUAUUGCCGUCCACAUUCUAGAAUUUUUGGCUUUGCUCGCGCGUCUACCAGAUGUUUACGUCAAUCUCCGUGAAGAGGAAAUUCGCACUGUGUUUGGGAUUUGCGUUCGGUUCUUGCAGACCUCUAGAGAGCAGGAACAACGCCACAAGGCAUCUGAGUCAACAAGUGCACGUCCUCCCCAGCAGCCGCAAGCAAGACUUAGCGGCGGUGCGCGGGAAAUUGCCCCGAGCGCAGCCGAAGCAACGGAAACCGCUUCGCAUGAUGCCAUGUCCAAGUACAUCAUGACUCUCACAUACAGUGUCAUGGUAUUCUGGUAUCUGUCUUUGAAGCUUCAGGAUCGUCCAAAGCAUGUCAAUUGGAUCACCAGCAGACUCAUUUUCCACGAUGAACAUGGAAAGGAAGUCGUCGAGGAACAGAGCCAGGUUUUCAUCGAUUUGAUGCAGCGUGUGGCGUUUACGGACUUGGGUGAGACCAUCCCGUACGAGACUUUCCCUCCAACUCCCGAGGACGGCCCUGUAUCCAAGAGAUCAUGGGUUGUGGGUAUGAGUAUUGUCACUGUUGAGACGGCGGGUAUCUCCGGGCUUACCCAGCUCUCAAAGCGUCAGGCGUCAGGAACGACAUACUCCAUGUAUCAGCAACGAACGGCCCCUGUUCUACCGCACCAGAUGCCCCCAACUCCAGACGCUCAUCUUCAUUCCGAUGCGAUGCGCACGGCUAUUUUGCCCAGCCACAUCCUGCUCCAACUCACUGCCACAGCCUUCCCUACUCCAACAGUGAUGCAACCCAUUCCGGUUCCUGAGGACGACAUAACCAGGCGAGCUAUUGCCAACUUUGAUCGCACCGACAUUGUGGACGGCCAUCGAAUCGGAGUCGUUUAUCUUGACAAUGGUCAGAGCAAAGAGGCUGAAAUUCUUGCCAACACCGGCGGUUCCCCAGACUAUGAACACUUCCUGUCUGGUCUUGGAACCAAAGUGUCUCUUCGCAAUGCCCAGUUCAAUACCCAAGGACUCUAUGCUGAUACUGACGGUGAGGCAACUUAUGCUUGGCGCGAUCGCGUGACAGAGAUCGUAUAUCACGUUGCUACAAUGAUGCCUACGAACUUUGACCGUGAUCCCAAUUGCAUCAACAAGAAGCGAAACAUUGGCAACAACUUCGUUACGAUCGUCUUCAACCGUUCCAAUCUGCCUUUCAACUUUGACACGAUCCCAUCCGAGUUCAAUUCCAUCAAUAUUGUGAUCACUCCUUGCAGCCGCAUUGCCUACGAUGAGUCAGGGACUGCCGUUGGUGAAACGGACCCAGAGAAUCUAUACUAUACUGUGGUAGUCAUGAGCAAACCUGGCUACCCUGACGUAUCGCCUGCUGCGACCCCGAAGGUCAUCUCGGGUAAGAAUCUGGCUCCCUUCGUGCGGAUUCUCGCUCUAAAUGCAUCGGUCUUCUCUCUCGUUUGGAACAACAAGGGUGGCGAGCAUGCCUCGUCCUGGCGCACCCGUCUUCGUGAAAUCAAGAAAGUUCGUGAGCGGGCUCUGGCUGCCCAAGCCCAAAGUGCAGAGGCUACUGAGGGAGCCUAUCCUGGCCAACGUCGCAACACAAAGCCCAACAUCUUCUCCGAAGAACUGCCGACUCGUGCUGCUCCAGUCCAAACCGACUUUGCCUCAGAAUGGAAUGCAGCAUCCGGAACAAACAUUCUUCAGAACCUAGACUUCUCUCGCUGGAGUCGCUGA